AAAUUUAUCUAAAAGAAAAUCUAAUAAUAUUAACUAAUAUCUAAUGAACUAAUUAAUAAUAAUAUUUAAUGGUUUAAAUUUCAGAAAAAAUAAAAUAUACAUAAAAUAUAUAAAAAAUAAUAAUACUACUUAAAUUUUACUUACUACUGCUUGAUCCACUAGACUGCAAGAAGAAAAAUGUGUUAAAGUGCUUCAAAGGGAAGAAUGGAGGAAAGGGAGCAAGAACAACUCGCAGGACAAGAGGAAAAUGAAAAUGAAAGGAGAAAGACUAAAAUGAAAGCAGAAGGGCAGGAAAAUAAAAGCUGCAACACCAGUGGCCAGCAACUGGAUUCGCGGGGAGUUGCUGAAUGGCAAAUUACUGACAAGCAUUAUGUCGGAAAAUUUCAUCAAAAAGUUGCACUCCCUGACGCAGGCAGCCAGCUGGUUGGUGGGGGUGCAUUGGGAGUGGAAAUUACCGAGAAGAUGAACGUUGGAAAUUGAUCCUCAAUUACUGACGAGACUAUCAUUCCAAAAUUAAAUUUACAGGCGUGCUUCUCGUUGAUGAUGUGCCUUUCCGUCUUUCCCUCACCAGUCGGAGUGGUGGCUGUAAUUACCGACAAGUAACACACUUAAUUCUUGUCGGUAAAAUGAUACUUCACUGAGAAAACUUCUAACCUUGAUGAUAUGUGGUCGGUGAAGCUAGGUUUUCUUGUAGUGCAUGCAUGUAUUGGAGGAACUUUCAAGUGUGAUUAUUUGUACCUAUUAUUUUAAUAAAAGUAUUUAAAAGUU